AUGGGUCCAUUCGGGCGCAAGAGCGAUACCAGCAGAGAGCAGGCACGCAAGAAAGUCCAGCCUGCGCAGGCUUUGGGGGGCGCUGUGGGCGACGGUGCCAAGCCGACCCACAAAAAUCCGGAGAACAGUAACGCGCAUGACGGUGGCUCUCAGCGGAGGACCAGGGCGCCACCUCAUACUGACCUCAACGUCCACUUCAUAGUGCCGUCUGAGAGACAGCUGGAGAAUCUGGAACGCAUGCAUCCGGGGUAUGGGAAAAAGGCACGAGAGAUUCACGAUCAGCUAGCCAGGGAGUAUGCCGCGGAGCAUUGCCCGGAUGCAAUCCGUGCCAAUGUCCGGUGA